UGCGGACUCAGCGCUUGGGUCUCGGUGUCCUUUCCUGGAGAAAGAGGCAGGGGCGUGGAGGGAAGGCCCAGGGCCAGGGCUGGAGCGGCGGGUGGGGCCAAGCUUAGGGAAACCGUUCAGGGCACCCCCACUCCCGCGCGCUUCAGUGGUGCCGGCCGAGGGAAGGACUCGCGGCUGCGGGGCUCGCGCCGCUGUCAGUGCGGCGGGGCGCGCGAGCGGCGCGGGCGCGGGGCGGGCUGAGCCGGGAGAAGCUGAGGGGGCGGUAGCGGCGGCUGGGGCGACUCCCGCGCGUGUGCUCAGCUCCUCACGCCGCGGCCGGAGCCGCCUUCUUCCUCCUUCGCUCCCUCCCUUCCGCCCCCGAGUGCGGCGGCACCGCCUCCUUCCGCGCUGCGCGGCUUCCUCCAGACCUCUUGGCGCGGGUGAGCCCUAUUCCCAAAGGCAGCUGGUGCUGACCCUGUAACCCAAAAGAGGAAAUUGAAGGCUGGCUUAGUAAUCUGGUUUCUAAACUCCCAUAAGAUUCAAAGCAGCAUAUCAAAAAGGGGGGAAGAGCUGCUAUAUUAACAGCUAGAGGAGAGAGCUGAAAGGUGGCCACCAUGUCCUUGAAGAUCCAGACAAGCAACGUAACCAACAAGAAUGACCCCAAGUCUAUCAAUUCUCGAGUCUUCAUCGGAAACCUCAACACAGCUGUGGUGAAGAAGUCAGAUGUAGAGACCAUCUUCUCCAAGUAUGGCCGUGUAGCCGGCUGUUCUGUGCACAAAGGUUAUGCCUUUGUCCAGUAUGCCAACGAGCGUCAUGCCCGGGCAGCUGUGCUGGGAGAGAAUGGGCGGGUGCUGGCCGGGCAGACCCUGGAUAUCAACAUGGCUGGAGAGCCCAAGCCCAACAGACCCAAGGGACUAAAGAGAGCAGCAUCUGCCAUAUACAGUGGCUACAGCUUUGACUAUGAUUACUACCGGGACGACUUCUACGACAGGCUCUUCGACUAUCGGGGCCGCCUGUCACCUGUGCCAGUGCCCAGGGCAGUCCCUGUGAAGCGACCCCGGGUCACAGUCCCCUUGGUCCGACGUGUCAAAACCACCAUACCUGUCAAGCUCUUUGCCCGCUCCACAGCCAUUACCACCAGCUCAGCCAAGAUCAAGUUAAAGAGCAGUGAACUGCAGACCAUCAAGACAGAGCUGACGCAGAUCAAGUCCAACAUCGAUGCUCUGCUGGGCCGCUUGGAGCAGAUUGCCGAGGAGCAGAAGGCCAACCCAGAUGGCAAGAAGAAGGGUGACAGCGGCAGUGCCAGUGCCAGUGCCAGUGGCAGUGGCAGUGGUGGGGGCAGUAGUGGUGGCAGCAGCCGGCCACCAGCCCCCCAAGAGGACACGGCUUCUGAGGCAGGCACGCCCCAGGGAGAAGCACAGGCUCGAGACGACGGCGAUGAGGAGGGGCUGCUGACACACAGCGAGGAAGAGCUGCCUGACAGGAGCAACGGCCAGCGGCAGGAGAAGGGCGUGCACUGUAUCAGGCCUCAUGUUGGGCACUCACCCCUGGAUACCACCCUCAGCGGGUCCCAGGAGAGCUGGCAGCAGGCACCUCCUCCCCCACACGUCCCAGCCACUGCCACAUCCUCUGCAGGUGCAGUUAUCGGCCUCCCCUCCCCAUGCACCCUCCCUGUUGGCACCGCCCAGGCCAGAGGACAGAGGUUUCCCUAUACUCUACCUCCCCUCCCAGGACACUCCCAGGCUUGGGGUUUUUCUAUAGGUUUGGAGAGGGGAGGGUCACGGGGAGGGUACCCUGACAAUAAAGAGAUUGGAUCCCAACUUGCUCUGAGAUGGGAUGGUUUGUAUUUAUUUUCUUAAGGUACCCUAGUCGUCCUGCCCAGCCAGAGUCUGGUCUAGUCUGCUUCAUGCCAAGAGUCUAGUCUGGUUUGCUUUACCCUGUUCUUUUUCCUCUUUCACUUCUCCCGGUUAGGGAGCAUUGUCUCGGGUGCAUACUGCUGGGCUGUCUAGGCCUUAGUUUCCACAGCUAAAAUGGAAAUAGAAAUGGCCAGUAGGGUUCUUGGGGGAUGUCAGAUGUCCCAGUGCCCAAGAGAAUACUUUGGUGGCUGAAGUGCCAAGCAAUUAUGAGCUACUUGGUUAGGCAGUGGUAGGUUCAGGUCUUAGCUUCUCAUUUAGUCUGGUCUUUCCCAGCUUUAAGAUGAUUCUGGAAACUGCCUCGUCCUCUCUUCUCUGUCCUAGUUUAGGAUGCUGUGUUUUUUCACUUGGGCUCUGUCUUCUCACCAGCUUCCCAGUCUCUGGCUUCUCCCUGCCCCAUUUCCCACUAGCCACUAUGGUGCUUUUUCUGAGUCAUGUCCCUUCCCUGUAAAACCCUUACCUGACAGCUCACCAUUGGGACAAAACUCCCAACUCCUGUACAUGAUCCUGUAUACUUUGGCCUCUCCUGUCUUUUGUCACCUACCCCACACAAAACAAGCCCUUCCCUCUCAUAGGCAGCAAGUCAUAGAGCCUCACUCCCAUUAACCUCAAGCAUUAGGAAGUUGGCAUCAGGAUACCUGUGGCUUCCCUGUACCUAUUCUGGGCUGCCUGUCUAGAUGUUUGCUUUGUUCUCUGACAACUGACAGUGUUCCUUCAAAUUUCCUCUUCUGUCCUAAUUUUACUCCACAAGUUGACGAAUUUCCCUGCGUUCAAAUUCCUAGGAGAGGAUCACCUGCCACAGCGGAUCUUUUUGAUUCACUCAUAGGUUAUAUAAGUACCCUCCCCAGUCCUGUGAACCUGGUGACAAAGGUGUGGUCAGUUAGUCUGGUCUCUCUGGUGUGGGGCUUUGGUGGGCAGACACCCAGAAACGUGCUUUGCUCCUGGUCUGGCACGUACUCUUGCUCCUUUCUCCAUCUGAGAGAUACCCACUCAUUAUUAAGCUGCUGUUCCAGUGUCAGGCACCUCUGAGAAGUCUUCCUUCUCAGCUUACUGCUCUUCAAAAAUUGUUCAUUCUCUCUUCUAGACAAACUUUCCCAACACCGAGAAUUCGGUCCCAUCAUCAGAAAGGGGUUUGGGCUCUCCAGUCGUCUUUGCAUGUUCCUCAGAGUGUCAGGCCUGCUGGAAUUCUUGUUAAAAAUCCCAUUUCAGACCAACUGUUCUACAACAGUCUCCAUCAAACUUUCCCCAGACUUUGGCCCCAGGUUUUGGUGGAGGCUAGAGGCUGGGCUCGAGACAGUGCUCAAGCUAGGCCACCCUGGGUAUGGAAUCACCCAGGGAAGUUUUUGUUGUCUCUUGUCUCCCUCCCUGGGCAGCCUCUCCUGCCUGUCAUUGGCCGGCUAGCAGUCUGAAGCCUGAGUGUGGCUCUGCAUUCCCAAGCUGUGCAGGGGCCUGAUUAACCCGCCCUUGAGGCAGCCCAAGUUCUGGACCCACAGCUGAGCCAAAUGCCCCCAUCCUCGCUUAGCCAUUGCCUCAUAAUGUGAUGUGGAGCAAAGUUUCUGCCUUUUUGGCGCUUUAGCUCCACAAGUGGGCUCACAGUCCCCAUAUGUGUGCCUGUCAGGGACCCUGGGCAGCAGGGGGAGAGAGGGUAGAGGCUGAGGCCUUAGUGGACUUAACACUGAGGGCUGGCACCGUGUUCCUGAGUCUCCAGAGCCUAGUGCUCUGUGCCCCUUGCACUGUAAUAACAUUUUCGGAUUCUAUAUGGCCAUACUCAAUAGUGACUGAGGCACUCACUUUUCAGGUUUGGGGUCAGGUAGAAUAGGAGGGGCUGUGAGCUUCUGUAGUAUGCUAGGCAGAAGAGCAGGGAAAAUCCCUUCCAGGGCAGGAAAUGUCUGCCCUAUGCAGAGGCCCUGCCUAAUCACCCUAGCACCAGGACGUCCUAGACAGAUGGAGAUCCCCAUCCUGGCAUCCCACAAAAGGCCCUAAACUACUUAGCCCCUGGGAAGAUUUGAGUGGGAAAUUCACAUCCACAAAACCCUGCUGCAUACAUCUGCCCAGUCCUCUCUCAUUCCGUUGCUCAUCGGUUUUCAUUUAUCUGUUCAACCUCUGAAAACCAAAAGGAGAUGAGGAAGAAAUAGGAUACCAGAUUCUACCCAAAGGGCUAUGAUUCCAUAGAUAUUUUGAAGAUCUGAAGCCUCAUUUGUGAUCCUGGCAGCUGUUGAAGGAAUUAUCACAACCAGUGGUUUUACUGGCUUUCCUCCCUGUACUGCUGCCAAUAAAGUUUGUGAUGCAGGGCGAGUCUUAUUCCUUGCUAGGUCUCCCGUUUCCUCAUCUGUGCAAGGGGUUGGCCUAGAUCAGGGAUAGUAAAUGGGCCUCUUAUCAUCAGUUAACUUGUAUAACAAGCCCAAAAUGUAGUAACUUUAAUAAACAUUUAUUACCUUCUGAUUCAGUGGCUUGGAAAUUUGGGCUGCACUCAGCUGGGCAGUUCUCCUUAUCUCAUCUGGGCUAUGAUAUGGCUGAAGUGAGCUGGCAGAUUGGCUGGGGGGCCAUGGGUCCCAGAUAAUCUCAUCCACUUGUUAAGGAGUUGGCUGGGCAGCAGGGCAAGUGGGCCACAUGUACCCAGAAUCUAGCAGGCAGACCAGGUAAGCUCCAGUGUACAAGUGCUCUUCCAAGUUCUUGCCCAUGGCAUGUUUUCGAGGUUCUUUUGGUCAAAGCAAGUCACAUGGCUAAGUCCAAACUCUUAAUUUGAGGAGUCUCAAAAUAUGGCCCAAUUUUGUUUUUAAUCUCUCUCAGGCCUCGUUUCAUGUGCUGACUCAGAAUGUUUUUAGUAGCAGCUACUGGAAUGCUUUUUGAGGAUUUGGAGUUUUUAGAUAGCUAGGAAAUAGUAACAUGAUGAUUUGGGGGGUUUUUUUGUUUUUUGCUUUUUUUUUUUUAUGGAUGAGGAGUUGAAAUGAGAGUACGUGAGUGUCCAUUCAGUAUUAGCCAGGCCUGGCCAGGUCAUCUCUAAUCCUAUCAGGACAUUAUACACUCUACAGUGGACCAUCUGACAAGACCACAGAAAUAUGGAGUGUAAAGCUGGGCAAGAUUCUGAUCUAGGUUUCCUGGGUUUGAAUUCCAGUUCGACCAUUGAUUAACUUUGGGCAAAUAAAAAUCCCUAUAGCCAUGGCCACAUUCUUUAUAAUAAGAUUAUUCUAUAAUAACAGUAAAUAAAACUUGUGAAUAUGUGCUGUGUAAAAGGCACAUUUUACAUUUAUUUAAUCUCUAUAACCACCUUUUAGGUGGAUGUAAUAUGAACUUUCUGUUACAAGUUGUAGAAACUGGACUCAAAUGUGCUUAAGCAGGGGGAAGUUUACUGUUUCACCAAUUUAAAGUUCCAGAUACAGUUAUGCAGACCCAGUGGAUGCAGGGCUUCAAGAGUUGUCAUCAGGAAUGUAUUUCUUUAUUCUUCAGCUUGGUCUCCUCUCUUAGCAUUGUUCUCAGGUUCUAAGUGGUGGCAGAGCAUGGCCACAGGGCCUAUGAGUGUGGACAGGGAAAGGGAAGAAUCCCCAAAAGGAAAAGAGGAGUUCUGCUAGAAGAAGGGAAGUUUGGCAUGACAAAAAUAACAGGUCUUCAUUGUGCAGUUAUGUCCAUCUUACAGAUUUUAUAGUUGCGGAGGUUCUAAAACUUAGCCCCAUUGACAGCUGGUAUUUCUGUCCUCUCCCCUUUAUCUGGACUCUAAUCAGUAGGAUACAGUGAUGGUGAUGCUAGGCCAGUCUCACAGUUGUGUUAAGAACUAGUAGUUUCUACUUCUGUGUCUUGAGACCCGGCCACCAUGCUGUGAAGCCCAGGCCACAUGGAGAAGCCUGACAUGACAGCCCUAAGUUCCAGCUGAUAACCAGUAUCAGCUGUCGCUGUCAGACAUGAAUGAGGAAGCCUUCAGGAUGACUCCAGCCCAGCCACUGACUGAGAACCAAGACAGAACUGCCUAGCUGAGGCCUGUCAAAGUCCAGCACCAUGAAGGAUAAUAAUCAGUGAUCAUCAUUUUAAGUUAAGUUUUAGAGUGAUUUGUUAUAUAUCAUAAGUAGAUAAUCUGAACACAAACUGAGGCUCAAAAGUUAAGUAGUUUGCUCUACUUUAGGGGGACGGGGCAAAAAUAUAGACUUUGUGUUAUUGAGUUCCAGUGCAGGUUAUUUGCUGUAUACCUUAGACAAGUCAGUUAACCUCUCUGAGCCUCAUCUUCCUCAUCUGAAAAGUGGAAAAGAGCACACUGUUAUUAUGACAAUACCUAAUGAGUUCACUUAUCACCUAAUCCAGAUUAGGUGAUUUUUCUCUUAAAAAAAUAACAGACCAUAAUUUUCUUUUCUCUUAUUUUUAUAUUCACCCUUUCCCAAAGUGUAUUUCAGUAUGUAUGUAAUAUUUAAUUUCUAAUUAAAUAUUAGAUAUAAACAUUAAAUAGAAUAUUAUAAAAAGGAGACAAAGGAAGAUAAUAACAAGAAGGCUUUUCCCCCUACAUCUAAGAGUUACUGCAGUCAAGAGCAGUGUGUCCAUCUGGUCACUAAGCCUGUGGGGCAAGCCCAGCUGGCCCUCCUGCAUGUAUGGAUGGAUGGACACGAUACCUGCUUCCUCUGACUGGUGAGUGGACCCCUGGUGCACACAUACCCCUCCCUGAAUCCCUGCCUCAGUCUACCUCCUGAGGGAGCCAAGAUGAUCAGGGUCUCCUCAUAAAAAAGGUGCAGCAGCCAGGGCUUAUUUGGGCAAGUACAUGGGUUUGGCUUUUCCAGGUGCACAGAACACAGGGUCACCCAGUCCCACUUUCUGACAUGGACCCCAUUUCUUGUCCACAUCCUAGUGCCUUCUAACAAUAAGCCCCCUUUUACCUCUAAAACCUACCUGCCGUUUCUCCUCUACCCCCUGCCCACCCCAGUGUUCAGUUCCAUGACCACACAGGGAGCUAUCUUAAGGCCAGAGACUGUCUCAUUCAUUCUUGCUAAGGGUUUUAAAAAGAGUUUUAAAAUCGGAUGUGUAGCUUAGUCAAAUAACUAUGGAGCAUAUGCAAACAAUUCAAUCCAGUAUCUACCUUUGUGGGUUUUUUUUUUUUUUUAACUUUAUUAAAAAAAUUUUUUUUUGAUUGUUUAUUUUUGAGAGAGCAUGAGCAGGGGAGGAGCAGAGAGAGGGAGACACAGAAUCUGACCCAGGCUCCAGGCUCUGAGCUGUCGGCACAGAGCCAAACACAGGGAUUAACUCACAAACUGUGAGCCAAGGUUGCUUAACUGAACCACCCAGGAGCCCCUAUUUAUUUUUUUUAAGUAAUCUCCACACCCAACGUGGGUCUUGAAGCUAUGGCUCUGAGAUUAAGUCACUGAGCCAGCCAGGAGCCCCUACCUUUGUGUUCUUAAUUAUACGUCGCUUAUCCCCCACUGCCCCCCCCUCCCCCCGCAGCAUUGGACUUUAGAAAGAGGGAUAUAACAUAUAUAUGUAUAUAUGUUUGCAUUUCUGGGUGCUCUAGUUCUUGAACAUGGAUCACAUUAUUUAACUCUCAGAAUAAUCCCUUAGAGCUGGAGAUACUCCUUUCAUGUUACAGGUUUGGGAAAUCAUGAACUUUGGUUGAAUAGUUUGCCAAAUAACAUGUCCCCUGGGAAGAGGGGAAGGCAGGAUGCACACCUGGGCAGUCCUUUCCCACAUGCCCUGUUGCAACCUGACUCUGAAAUUUCUCUCCUGAUUCUUGUGACGGCACGCUCUCCUGGCUUUCUCCUCCUCCUUUGUACUCUGCUCCUUCUUCUUCUUCUUAUGCGUACCUCUCUACCCUCUUUUUCUAUACAGCUUCCUGGCUAACCAAACCAAUGGCUUCAGACUCCACAGUAAUGCCUCCCUAUCUCCAUCUCUAACUCAGUGCUCCCCAAGAGCAUCACAGUCCAGGCCUGCCCUGCCCAGCUACGAGUCUUUUUCUUUAGGCGUCCACAUCUUGGGGAAUGGCACCACCGUCCACCUGUUACCCAUGUCAGCAUUUUCUCUCUAGUCAUCAAGUCAUGUUAAUUUUUCCUCGGUAUGUCUUGGCUCUAACCUGUCUCCAUCCCAUUGCCUUAGGUUAGGCCCUUCUUUCUCUCUUACUUGGACUUUGUAAAAGUCACCUCUCAACUAGUCUCCCUGAUGCUUGCCUCCCACAUCUGUCUUCUUUAGCACCAUCAUUUAGUUAUUCACUGCCCAGUGGGUAAACUCCAGACCCCUUUCCUUUCUUUCUGACUCAAUGUCUUCUAUCUCCCAAUCUGACCCCUGUUGUCAAGCACAUAGAACUAAUUGUGGAAGGAACUAUCUGGGUUCUGUAUCUUUACAGCUCCAGCUGCUUUUACCUGGAAUGUUCUGUCUUCAUCUGGCUCAUUAUCUGGCCUUCCUGGCCUGAGUUAGUCACCUUCCUGGCCUGAGUUAGCUCUGGCCGUCCCUACUUCUGUUACCCCUCUUACCAGACUAUAUUUACAGCUGGUUAUUAUUAUUAGCACACCUAUUAUUGUCACAAAACUAUAAGCUCCUGGAGGGCCGGGGACUGCCUUUUGCUGCAGGCAUUCAGGUAACACUUUUGAACAUAUGACAUUGUUGUGGAGAGGCAGUGUUGCAGAGGCUGGGCACAGGCUCUGGAGCUUGAAUGCCUGGGACUACAACCUCUUGGGCAAGUUGCUUAUCCUUUCUGAGUCUCUGUUCCUCAUCUAUAAAAUGGGAAGAAUAGUAUACCUUCCUCAAAGAGUUGCUGUGCUGAUUAAGAAAGCACUAGAACAGGGACUGGCACAAAGUUGGGACUUGGUAGUGCUAGCCACUUAUUAUAACAGAUUAUUUAAGAAUAUUUAGGAAUAGCUUAGAGUUAUUUAAGAAUAUUCGAUUAAUAAAUUAAAAGAACAGAGGGGUGCCUGGCUGGCUCAGUCAGUAGAGCAUGUGAAUCAAAAUCUCAGGGUCAUGAGUUUAAGUCCCAUGUUGAGCGUGGAGCCUACUUUAAAAAAAAAAAAAACGAAUAUCCAUCAUACUUAGCCUUUACAACAGCUGGUCUUCCAGUGUUGUAUUAAUAAAACAGAAGCCAAGCUUAAAUCAAGGGGCAGUGAUCAGAAGAGCUCGGCAAUAUUUUGUUGUCAGGGAAGGUUUGAAAGGACAGGAGCCAUGACAGACACAGGGGACCCAGUAGGAGUUUGGUCCUUUCUUCUCAAAAGCACCAUUAAUGUGACAAAGCUCCAAGGACUAUGCCUCUGUUGCACAUUGUUGGGAGAGUUUGAUGCACCUGUGGCCAAAGGUUUAUCAGGAUCACUGUGAGACAGGCAACCAUCCUGAGAGCGUCUAUAAUAGGAGCCCAAUAAACCCACCAUCACCAUAAAAAUAGAAGCAAUACCCACAGUUCUCAGGAUUUGUACACUUGGCUACCCUAAAGUCUGCCCAUUGACUCUAGAAAUUCAGUCUAAGAAGUAUUCAACAGAAGGAAAAUAGUUCCAGGUGCCAGACAGGGUUAAGCACUUGGCAUAUACUGUCUCACCAUCUUUGAGGUAGGCAUUUUCAUACUUUAUAGAUGAGAAUACAGAAUAUAAUCAAUGGCAGAGGACUGUCACUCCAGAUUGGUCAGAGCUCAUACUCCUAGUAUUACCAAGAAUUAACAAACACGCAUCAUCUGAGCACUAAUUUAAUAAACUAUGGUAGAACAUGGAAAACUCUUUGCAGCUUUAAAAAAUUAUGAAAACUGUACUAACUUGGAAAACUGUUCUUGGCACUAAAAGGUUCUAUGUUGGUAGGAUUAUGGGGAUUAAGUUUUUAAUUAUAAAUCCAUCUUUUCAAUUAAAAAAGUAUACCACAUGCUACAAAGCCCAACUUCUAAACAUAAUGCAAAACCUAAUAUUCUGUUCAAAUGUGAAACCUUAGAAUUGCCAGUACAAAGGAUUGGGGUGGGGGAAACCAGGUCAGACUGGGCCUCAUAUGCCACAACAGCAUUUCUUUCCAGAUGUCCAGCCCAGCAGUUUUUUUCUGCCAGAACACUUAGACUGCAAGAUGUUGGAGCGGGGGAGAGAAGGGACUAUAAAAGUCUGCAUAUUCUAUGCUUUUAAGCAAACUCAUUCAAGUAUUGGAACACCUGCUACUUGCUCUCAGUACUUGGGGGAGGGGUGCAUGAGUGAACAAAAACCUUUGUUCUCAGUGCCUACAUUAUGGUGGGCUGGGAGGAGAAACAGUAUUUUACAUGCAGUGGGCAGGUGGGAAUGAGCCAAGAUGGAGUCAGAAAGGUUUUUCUGAAGACUAGAGAUAUAACUGCCCGUUUAUGUAGUCAUGAAAAUACCUAUCAGCAUACUAAAGACUUUUCCUAGGUAGUCAUGGAACCUGUUCAUCUAGUCUCAAACUUUUUUUAACCACCAAUGGAACCCUUUUUUCCCCCCUUUGCAUAAUUAGGAACACUCAAGACACACUUUGGAGAUGGUGGUCUGGUUCCCCUCUCACAACCAAAACCUGGAUCUUGAUCAAAAACCCUCAGUUGCCUUUUGCUUUGUCACCCUACAGAAGGUUCCUUGCUGCUGAGCUGGUUAGUGUGAGGUAAGAGAGAUGAAGUUGAUACUACUGUGAAUGGGUAACUUAGUUUUGAAUGGGUUAAUACAGAGUUAAUCCCAUUUCAAUUCAACAAUCUUAAAAGGUUAGUAUUAGUCCAGGGACUGUUUUGAGAAUGAAGUUAAAAUUGGGUUGAAACUGCAAAUAUAACUGUGUCCCACAGGUAAAAUUGUAAAAUCUUAUCUUCUCUAAGGGGUCCCACUAAAGUAAAUAAAUGAGUUAAACACAUAUAUACACACACAAAAGCAAUGGAGCGCUAAUUACACAAGAGGCACUCAUCCUUGCUUUAUUCACGCAGUAACAUCCGACAUUGGGAACUAUGUGGGCAUAGAUACAAAAUAAGGAAGAUGGCAUCAUAAACAGUUGAGUUCAUCAGGGCAGUGGUGGCAGCUCAGCCGGUGUGUGGUUUCCCUGGGACCUAUUGAGUCGAGGAAAUACUCUCCUCCCUCCACCACUUCAUGGCCAAGAUGUUUUACAACACUUGGCCUGUACUUUAAAGGUCACAGUGAUUAAAAACAUGGGUAAGACAAUCAGGGCUGAGUGACUGCUCCUGGGGCCACUUAGGAGUCUGGCAACAAGAGCGUGAGGAACAGCGAUAUGCCCUCAUCCUCUGAAGUGUGUGCAAGACAGAUCACAGACACGUGAAGGGAUCUUUCUCCCUGUGCUGAAUGGAGAAAUAACCGUUCGGCCAAAUGCUUAGAAGGCAGAACUGGAGGCACCAAAAGCACCACACAGGCAGCAUCACCUCUUGGUUUCUCAUGGUCACACCAAAAAGCUACUGUUAAUAUACAAAAUAGAAAAACAUUUGUAGUGGGCCUUUUUCAAACCCAGAACACAAGUUAGGGAGGAAAAAGAAAAGCUUUCCCUAGGGUCAUAGGUCAGACUCAAGUUCUCUGUACAGUACAUGCCACGCUGCUUCCUCACCAAUAGAUUCCCAACUAGGGUUUUUUCUCUGUGUGCCAGUUAUCAUACUUAAAGGCUAGGUUUCUAAGAUCUUCUUAGUGGUCAAUAAGAAAGGGAAUCCUGAGGGGGAGGGUACCUUGCACCUUGUAUUCCUUCAUAUGGUAACAGCAGGAGGAUUUGGCAGUCAGGCGGUAGCAAUAAUCCUCACAUAAUGAAAAGAAUUCAAAUCUAUGAAAUCGUCCCCUGACACUGAAAACAGGCUGUCCUCCCAGAUCUCAUGCUCCAGCCACCCUCUCUCUCUUGUGUGAAGCUUUAUCUCCAGAGAAGUUGAGAAGAAAAAUGGCUGCCCAGCUGAAGCACCUACCAAUCUCCAGUUUCACAGGAUGAGACUAUAGAGCCCUCACCGGAGCCCAGGCAUAAACUGUUUUUGCUAAAUAAAUUCAUUUUAAGCACAGUUUUUAUAGAAAACUGAAGGACAAACCAAGUUGAAAGAAUCACUGUUAUAAUAACUUUAAUUUAUCUUGCAUUUUACAUAAGUCUAUGAACGAUUUUAAAAAAGCACCGCCUUACCCCAUCAUGUUUUUCUGACAGUUGUUAAAGUAGGCAAUGAGUAGGUCAACAGCUUGAGCAUCGGCAUCUUGCAAAGAUUUCAGACCAACCAGCCACAAGCCAAAAAACUUGGCAGCUUUUCUAUCUUGUAUUUAAUACAAUGAUAUAUCCACUUUGAUGGUAAACCUGUCCAGCCAAAUCUCCACAACACACUUUGAAAAUCAGUGGUGGUUAGCCAAUUAGUUAGCUUUGGCACGGAGCUGUGCUCGCUUGCCUGUGACAGCCUGAAAGCCGGUCUUGAUGCUGGCAACAGAGCAUCGAGAAUGACAAGUUUCGCACUGUAAGAAAUAGAGUCGGGUGUCCUUUUGCAGGAUUGUGUCCGGUGAUCGGCACGUGUGACAGGUAACGUAUUCCUCUGCAGAAAAAGCAACAUACAGAAUUACCUGUUGACUGCAGUGACUGACUGCAGUGAGUCAGAAGUUUCUUCUCUCAAACAUAUUCUACACAGAACAACGUAAGCCCAAAUGGUACCCAGACCAAGGAAAACUUUAGCUUAACUUAGAUAUUCUAGGGGUAAAGACACAAGGUGUUUGCUGUGAUACUUCAGGUACUAAAUCAUGGGCUGAAAGACUCCAAAUGUCCAAGGAGGUAGGGGUGCUUGCCAGAUGCCACUCCUGGAUCUGUCUACAGGAGAGCCACUCAGAACUUACUAGGUUACCUAGGUGGGAACAGACCUGCCAACUUUUAAGUCAUUAGGAAGAUGAUAAAGACAGGCCAGGCCUGAAUGCAAACAGAUUUCUCUGACUCGGCCUUCAGCCUACAACCAACCAGCAGCCUUGGUCUGCUGCACCUUAAGAAAUCCAAACCCUUCUCCCUGCUACACAGCUGCCAAGAAGUCACCUUGCUGUCCCACCUUCCCAUCAUUAUCAUUCUCCCUCAUCCCCAAAAUACUGCAGCCCGAUGAGAACGUUUCAGAGCGAGAUGAUGGAAUUAUGCACUUACUGAUAUAUCUUCUCAAAACAUUUUCUAUCUGUUUCUGUUGGAAUCUUCCUUUGAUUACAAGUUGAUUAUUACCAUCUAUAGAACCACUAUGAGAGAAAGCAAAAAUAUUUCCAUUAUUGUUUCCUGUAAGGAACCAAAGGACCUUUAUACACUUGAUGAAUUUAAAAUACAUUCAGUGGCAUAAGUUCUAGAACAGUCCGAUACCACCUGGUUUCUCAAAAUUUAUUUUUAAGUAGUUGGUGCCUGAUGACCUACCCAUAUUUCCUAACAUUAAAUCCAAUUUCAACCAACCCUCUAGUAACCUUUAAGUCUAAAACAAAUUGAUUCUGUCUGUGAUGGCUUAUUCAUCCAACAAAGAAAAACACUUUUACUGAAUGUAUACCAUGUACUAGACAGUGAGGGGGUCUAUAAAUAUAAAAAUAGGGAGUUGUAUCUAAAAAUUUUAAGCACUAAAUGUUUUGAUUCAGUCACAUAGUUGAUAAAAAUAUUCUAAGAUGGGUCGUGGUAAUGGUUGUUCAGCUAUGUCAACAUAUUAAAAACCAUUUGUACAUUGAAUGUGUGAACUGUAUAAAGUUACCAAUAAAGAAGUACAGUUGAACUCA